UACAAGAAGGAUGGAUUGUUCCAUCAUAUUAGGUAAUACAUUUGGCAGUCGUCUGCUUUUUGCGGCCCUCGCAUACGUAGGGCUCUGUGCAUACGAAAAGGUUGAAUGUGCCGCGGUACAGGAAGCCGGGGCUCCGGAUGUUGGAAUGACACAAAAAUCAAUAUCAAACAUUCAUUCAAUACAUCAUGAAGAAACUUAUCCUUCUAGGUCUGAUUUGUCAGAACGGGGUUCCAAUCAUCUGCGACAUACAGAAGUGGAAUCAUUAGAUUUGUCUUUAAACGAAACGUUAGAUAAGACUGGUACCAGCAACAUAACUCCUAAUGUAACAGAAGAAAAUGUUGCAUUAAAAGAAAUAAAUUAUUCCAGUGCGUUAAGACAGUUGCUUCAUUUGAUAGGUCAACAGCUGUCGAUGAGCGAUAAAGCUAUUUGGUGUUUAAACUAUUUCAGGAGGAACACGUCCAAACAAUCUAAAAAUAACCUCAGCAAUGCACUGCAUGAUGGCAGAAAAGAAACAUUUGCAAAUGAUAUAAAAACGAAUAGCAUGGAGGAUAGUAAUAUUGUAGAACCUAGUAAGAAUCUAGCAAAUGGUAAGACCACUGACAUGGGUCUAACGAAAUCGAAUGGAAUCAGUAACGUAUAUUUUUCAUGGGUUAAAUCUAAAGUAAAAUCUGCCAAAGAAUGCAUAUGCGGUAACUAUGAAAAUCCGGCAAAUCCUAAACCCAGCAUAAAACAACGGUUUUGUAACCUGAGUAGAUCUAUGGUGAAAACAGCAGGGAGGAAGAUCGUUGACGCUGUGAAUGCAACAGGUAAUAUUCUAGGUAUAAAUGAUGAAUUAGAUUUGCGAAUCCGAAACAUAUUCCAGGGUUUAUUCUACCUUCCCCAGCAAGAAGAUUGUAUACAGAAGGAUGAUGAUGUGGUAUUCGAUGAAUAUUGCUUUGAAGAUAAAAUAAAAAGGCUGAAUCAAUUCUACAGUCAUGAAGCUAGCUCAAUCCAACACGAUCCAAGGAGGGCCGCAUUUUAUGCCCCAAUUACAAAACCAAUUGACACCGACGAGCCUAACUCCCCCUUCAAAAUAGUGCAAUGCUCCAAAGCCGCACAUUAUCUAGUUACAGCUGGCUUCAGUAGCGUAUCACUUUGUACUUACAUAGUGAUUCUUACGCUAUUAAUCGUAUAAGU